UCCCUCUCCCACUCGCUCACUCGCUCACUCGCUCGCUCACUCACGCGCGCGCACGGAGAGCUAGCCAAAGGAAGGGAAGAGGAACUGCCAUUUCGGGAAAGGAGGAGGGGGAUCCAUGGCCGCCGGCGACGUCGCGACGGUGUUCCUCGAGAUGAGCCUCGGCACCCGCCUCGCCGUCUCCUUCCCCGCCUCCUCCACCACCGUCGCCGACCUCAAGCGCAGAGUGAGCCAUGAGCACGCCGCAUGUUUCCCCCACCUUGGCCAGAUCGCCGUCCAAUCCAUCAAGAUCGAGCACGGAAGGUCGUGGUUCCACCUCGCCGACUCCAUGGCCGUCCGGGACGCUUUCCUGUUCCAAGGGAUCAACGAACGCUGGCACCUGCAGGUAGACGCAUCUCUGCAAGUUGACCAAGGGAUGGUCACCCAGGGACACAGCGGCGGCGCAGACUCUGCAAAUCACUCUGCACCUGCGCCUGGUCGUGGCCAUGGAUGCGAGGGGUCGUCGAGCAGGAGGUGCCGCAAGACAUCAAGCUCUGAUGAGAUGCUGCCUGAUCAGGUUGAAGCUGAAGCUCAAGCUCAAGUCACCCCCAGUGAAAGGGAGCAGCCAUUGACAGGCAAGGGCGAAGGAAGCAGCGACGGGGCAGAACAAGACAGAGAGCAGGGGGCAUGGGGGAGAAGGCUGCGGCCGAGGACCCAUGUUGGUAAAACACCAAUUACUUUGUCAAGCGGCAGCAGCAGCAGCUCAGAGUCGGAGGAAAUGGACACCAACACCGUCGGCGGCGGCAGCAGCAGCAGCUCCGAGUCGGAGGAAAUGGACAUCAACACCGUCGUCGACGCGCCGGCGCCGCAGUUCGUCGUCGAGCUCAAGAAAUGCCACUUUGUCAAGCAGAAUGGGCAGUACCUGAACGUGCCGAUGGAGUUCGGCAUUGUGCACCGGUACACGGAGAAGAAGAAGGUGCUGCUGCGGAUGGGGGGCGACUCGUGGGCCGUCAGCCUGAAGCACGGCCUUACGUCUACCGGCAGGCCCCGCACGUCCCUCCGGUACGGGUGGCAGCAGUUCCGCGUCGACAACCGCCUCCGCGUGGGCGAGACCUGCUUCUUCCGAGCCCUCCCCGGGGACGGCGGCGGCGAUCACCAUGUGCUCAAGGUGGAGGUGCGCAGGCUAGACGGCAGCUACGCCACCUGACGUGCCUCCAUUGAUCCGUUGCCAUCUCAAGGACCUCUUAAAUUAGAGUGCAAUGCAUUGCAUCGUCGUUGUGGCCCAAGAUUAAUACGGACGUUGCUCCUUCUACUUGUGUUUCGCUUGGAUGCGCAUGCUACUUUCUAUCAACUUUUCUAUUUCCCUAAUUGUUAGAUUCGUAUGACAAUCUGUUGCGCUGGCUAUCUGUACGUGGAACCUAAAAAUGUAUUGUGCUAGCUUGCUAUGUA